AAAAGACAAAUCCACCUCUCCAUUCAAACCCAUUAUCCGCGUCGGUCGUUGUCCAUGGAACUUCCAUGUUACCUAUUCAUCUAUAAACAAACAUCAUACUUCGACAACUGUCUGUCGAUUCAUCAUCUCUCUCCUCCUUACUUUUCGCAACUCGCAUCACGUCUACGCGAUUAUGACAGACAAGUCUCAUGGUCGAGUAGAUGCAUAUGAGGACGCAUCAAGAUCCUGACACGUACAUUUACAUUAAUGUAUCCGUGAAUUAGCCUGCAUCUUUGAUCCAUGAAGAUGGCAGGUAAAGCGAAGGACACAGAUUAUUUCGCGAUCGAAGACGAUUAUGAUGACAACGAGAAUGAUGAUAUAGAAGCAAAUAACAGUGAUGAUGAUGACACCGAUGAUGCUUCCAGUCGUAGAUCGUCGUUUUCUCAAGCUACUGGUCAAUGGCCACAGAGUUACAAGUAUACACUUGAUUCGUACUCAAUUUCAGCAACACCAAGUGUGGCAUUCCUUAGACGCCCAUCGGGGUCUAUAUAUUCAAUGUAUGAACCGGGGAUUGAUAGUAGUACCGCUAACUUUGGUGAUAAUAUAAAGUCUAAGUUGCUGAUAGAAUGUUCAAAGGUUUUUAGCAAAGAGGAUGUAGAUAGGAUUUCAAGAAAGAUAUCAACAUGGUCAGGAAAGGGUUCUUUGCCUGAUCAACUAAUCGAUGAGCUUCCCAUUGCCUUUGGAUGUAGCGUCACUCAGACUGUUUUCAAUUCGGUGAAUGUGAUGGUUGGAGUUGGAGUUCUUUCUAUGCCAAAUACAAUAGCUACCGCUGGCUGGGCUGGCGUAGGAAUCCUACUCCUUUUUGCAGCAAUAUGUUGCUACACGGCUUAUCUCAUGAAACUUUGCUUCGAGAGUAGAGACACCAUUCAAACAUAUCCCGAUAUUGGAGAAGCUGCAUUUGGGAAAUACGGACGCCUUACAAUAGCAAUCAUUUUGUACACGUCACUUUAUGCAUAUUGUGUGGAGUUCAUUAUAUUGGAAGGAGACAAUCUCACCAGUUUGUUCCCUGGUGUAUCGCUGCAAUGGGGUAGCGUCAAUACCGACCCGGUUCACAUGUUUGCAGUUCUUUCUGCUGUGGUUAUGGGAUCUACGCUUUUAGUAAAAAACCCCCGAGUGAUCUCAUUAUUUUCGGCUACUGGUGUUGUGGCUACUCUUAUGGUCAUCAUCUGUGUAUUUUGGCUGGGUACAGUGAACGUGGGCUUUAAUGAAAGAGGUCCACCUAUAAAAUUGGGUGGCAUUGCUUUCGCACUUGGUAUAUACGGAUUUUGCUUUUCUGGACAUUGUGUGUUCCCAAAUAUAUACCAGUCAAUGGCAGAUAAAACCAAGUUUACCAAGGCAAUGAUAAUAUGCUUUAUUUUGUGUCUUUUGAUGUAUGGGAGUGUUGCAAUUGCGGGUUUUCUCAUGUUUGGAGAACAAUCGUUGUCCCAGAUAACAUUGAACAUGCCUGAGGAUGCAGUUGCUUCUAAAGUUGCUUUGUUGACUGUAAUUAUCAAUCCGGUCUACAAUGGAAGUUUUAAAUUCAUAUUUGAAAUGGAUUUUGAUACAACAAGAGGAUUAUGCAAACUAUUGAACAGUCGCUCCUUAACAUUUCAUACGUAUGCCCUGUUGAUGAACCCUUUGGCAAGUGCCAUCGAAGAGCUGUUUCCUGCUAAAGUUGCACGUAGCAAUUGGUGUUUUAUUACUCUACGGAUUGCACUUGUUGCAUCCUCUGUCUGCAUUGCGUUAUCUAUUCCCUUCUUCGGUCUUGUGAUGGCUUUGAUGGGUUCAGUCUUAUGUAUUUUGGUGUCUCUCAUAUUGCCAUCUCUAUGCUUUUUGAUGAUCAGUGGGAGUAAGGCCACGACUACGCAGAUUGGUUUGAGCAUUUGUAUUAUGGUGUUGGGCAUCGUUUGCAUGGUCGUGGGAACGUACUCAUCAUUGGCAGAUAUAGCAAAUGAACUCUAAAGACUGCACAUUCUGGCUUCUCCCAUUUGUAGUACUUCCAUACAUACUUUGGAUCAAUAAACAUCAUGAGUCGAAUCUAUCAUAGAGGCUACGAGUUGAAAUCUUGAUCAAGUUUGACUCCGGCAGCUCUAGUUUUAGAUUUUUCACUUGUGUCAUUAUGAAUUUUGACAGCUCUUUCUCGAUUCUUACCAUAUUGCGUCAGAUCCCCAAUUUGCAAUUGAAGACUUUAAAAGCGGAAUACUUCUCUUCAUUAUUUUUAAUUGCUCGGAUAAUCUUAUAACAAAUAGCCUUGUUUUCUUUAAGUCUCCACCAUUGUAACCUUAUAAUAAAUAGCCGAUAGGGAAAGAUUGAUAGUCCUUAAACUCCCAAUCCUACUUCCAAAUCUAAUAGUAUAAAAUGUUGUGUAUUAAGUUUACAACUACAUUUUCUCUUGAGGGUAGGGUUGAUGUAGAUUCAAAUGAUUUGUUUUCUGAAUUGCAAUAGCUGCAAAUGAAUUUAC